UUUCAGAGCCUAGUUCCCAGCCUGCAACUCCAGUUUCCUCGUUCGAAUGUCGGCGAAGCAAGACCUGGCCCCGGCGCCAGCGACAGUUUCACAUGCUGAUACAGGACUACAACCCCUGCCUCCACAACAUCAAACUCAUCCGCCCAAUUAUCACCAGGGCCCAAUCAUAUACCAGCAAUCAUAUGCACCAGUUGCUCAUUAUCAACAGGGACCACAAGUAUGGAAUCAGCCCCCGCAGAGCACAGUUCACUAUGUUCAAUAUGCACCACCUAUAGAUGCCAGCAGCUACCAAGAGAACAAAGUUCAAAGUUAUAAUCACUAUGGAACAGUUCAUUAUGCACAGCCGAUGGACAACGGGGACAUGUUGAUGCGACCGCAACAAGCAACUUAUGUCCCUCAGCAAUAUGUAACUACUCCACAAUGGUAUCCUGCUGGACAGCAAACCCAAACACAAUUUAUUCCUUCUUAUGCCACAACUUUCAAUGUUGCAAAUGAUCCCACCUAUCAUCCUAAUCAUCCGAUGAAUCGAGGAGGCGCUGGACGUCGGGAUGAUUAUCAUGUGGCGAAUCAGUCUUCGUCUGUCGGAUACAUGCAAUUUGUGCCUUUUGUCGCCCCGAUUGGUGUCAUGGAAACCCAGGCACAUGCUUCAGCGUCCUAUACAGCAAACUGGGUGAGCUCGACUUCUAGCAUUCCACCGGAAAUGAAAGAUGAGCCGGAGAGCGACAAUAUUUCUCAAUACGAUGGCCAGCGCCCGACCAGCCAACUCAAUGGAGAAAACUGGACCGAUGCAGAAGACCAUCUGUCGCCCACAACAGUUCAAAACCACCCUUUCAAUGUUGUAGAGCCUCGACCACAGCAGAAUUUUGUAGAAAAAGAAAAAUCCGGCUCACAGAGUACUACGAGAAUGUCGAAAAACUCAAAGGGCGACAGGAACGAGGGCAAACGAGAAUUGACAUUUGACGAGCGACUACAUAAAGCUCGCAUGCAGAAAAGUCGAGUUGAAAACGAGGGUGUCAAUGGCGCGACAAGCCCGACAGCAACUACCGUAGCGGCCCCAUCGUCCAAUGUUGCAAAUUCGUCAACCUCUGCCUUAACACCUCGCUCAAAUGGUCAGAAAAAAGAGACUAGUGGAAGUGUCCGCAAUGAAGGGUCUAAUAAUAAUAGUCAAAAUCGUAAUACAAAGUAUCGUGGAGCAGUUGGCAACAAUCAGCACAUGUAUAAUGGAAAUGAAGGUCAUAGUGGGGCACAUGAGCAGCCGCAACAACAACAGCAACAACGAUAUGUGAACUAUGGAAAUGCAACCGGAGAACGGGAAAGACAACCAAGACGGGAUAACAAUUACAGCAAAAAUCGAUACGAAAACAACUACCAUAACAAUUCAUCCAACAAUCAAAGGUCGCCGUAUCAGGCACAAAACCAACAAAAUCAACCAACUCAACAAAAUCAGCAUCCACCACGGGAAGGAGCCCCUGAAAAUUACCGACAGCAAAGUUACCGAGGCAACAGAGGUGGCCGAGGUGCAUAUCGAGGCGGAGGCUAUCAUCAGCCACAUCAACAAAAUCUACAGAAUCCACUACCACAGCAACAGCCUCUGAACCAAUAUCCACCUGCCCCGCAAAUAAUGGGCCCUCAGAUGGUUGCAACAAUGAACGCGUUUCAAAAUGCUAAUAUAGGAACUUUGCCACCAGGUGUUCAACGAAUACCAUUAUUACCUGGACCAUUUGGAAUGCCACGUCAAGUUCAUCAGGAUAUCAAGUUCCAGAACACGUGGCUGGAUGCCACAAGUUGCCCAUUGCCGCUGGCGGCCGUGAUGAGUAUUGAUACCAGAUUCGGAAGAGGUGGCAUGCGUGGUAGAGGCCGUGGAGUUAAUUACACGUACCGCGGAGCUUACCGAGGUGGAUACACUGGUGGGUAUGCUGCACCUCCUCGGUAUAUUGGUCGGCCAGUCGAAACGCCUGCGACACCAAAAGAAUCGGAGCAAAGUAGUUCAACGGAAGUAGACGAUAUGGCUAAGAAGGAUGACGAAGAAAGUGUUCAAGAUACUGCAAGUGCAACCGAAAGCACAGUAGAGACACCAGCUGAUCAAGGCAAGACUCAGGAGCAGAAUAAAGAUUCUGAUUCGCAAAACGGCAAGCAGGAACCGGUCGCAGAAAAAGCUAAUGAAGAAAUAAUUGAAAUUCUACCAGCAAAUACCAAAGUACAAAGUCCUGAUGCAGCUGCAGAAAAAGAAAAAGUUGAAUCGACGUGAAGCUUGUCAUCUGUUUUUUAUGUUCUUAUUUGAAAGUUAUUUGAAAAUUUAGAACAUAUUUUCUGUUCAUUUGUAUGAAUUUUUCUUCUUUUUUUUUUGGAACAAAAAUCUGUUUAUCAAUAAGCUGAAACAAAAUUGAUU